UAAUCGAAUUACCCAUCUAAAUACGCCUUUACCCGAAACCCGCAGGUUUCGUAAGCUUUUCGCGAGUUCGUGACUAUCGUCGGUCCGUAAUAUUCGACACGGCGUACAUAACGAACGUUACCAUAAAAGCAAUAUGCCACUUGGGUUCGGGUCAAAAUCUCGAGUUGUCAAAUGGUAAGUGCUUAAGUCGAGUGAGCCCAAGUGCAUCGUCGUCGUCGUCGUAAGCAAUAAGCAUUUCCCGCAAUGACGGAUAUAGAGAGCACCGCCAGCCGCGUGCAGUGCAAUAUGCAUACCUACGGUGUGUCGGUGCUUACUGCUGGUUGCAAGCGGUCGCACAAACACGUAUCGCCUGUCAGGCGUAGGAUAAAAAAUAACCAGAAACAAUAAAAAAAACAUCGUAAAACGCUAUGAGUCUACGGCGAUCGGGGGGGUCAGAGGAAGCCGAAGCUGAUACGCGGUAAUGGAUCGCGCCGGCGGUGGCAGCACUGCGGCAAGCUUCGAACAACACAUUGUACUCUUCGGUACCGACCACCAGUUAUUAAACAUUUCGCCGCCGAACUCGCCGGUACGCCGAUUCACACGUCCCGACGUACGCCGUGCGCAAUCACCCACCGCUGCCGCCGCCGCUCAUCACCGCCACCGCUCUUCAUCUCCACACCCGAGUGCCCCUCCUUCCGCCACCGCUGCACAUCGACGCCGCCGCACGCACUGUUGUACGCUAAAAAUGGCGUCCGCCGCCGUCUGAUCGUCGUUGUCGCCGCCGCCACUGACGUCGCACCACGCAGCCUCAUUCAUGUUACUUAUAAUGGCGACUAAAACUGAAGUUGAGAAUGAAACAAUUGAAAACCCGCUUGACAAUCAAGAUAUGAAUACAGUUUGUACAAAUUUGCAGUAUUGUGAUGAUAAAACUAAUCUACACCCAACAAGAAAACGAUGUGUCAGCACAUCAAUUCUGAUAAGCUCAUCGCCAAAGAAAAAAAAAAAAGAAUGUCAAAAUAUAAUACCACCUAAAAAGUUUUUGCUUGGUGGUAGCAUGUCUGAUCCUCUCAAUUUAAAUAGUCUCCAGAAUGAAGAUAUUAAUAAGGCAAUGAAUAAAACUCCAAAAUCUUCUCCCUUACACUCAAAUACAGUGAACAUAAAAAAAGAUCAAGUGAAUGUUAUUAUUCCUCGAAAUUUAUCUGAUCCAUUGGAACUUAGUAUGUGUAAUGAAGCCAAAGCAAUUGCAUGUUCUGGCAUAGAUUCAUUAAAACCGAAAACCCCUCAAAAAUGUAAAUCUAAAAUACCGUUGUUAAAAUCUUUAUCUGAUUCUGGUUUAAUUACUGAGAACACCCCAGAAAAAGAUUUUAAAUCAGAUUGUAAUAAUGAAAUGAAAAGACAGGUAGAAGAAGAUAUUAUUUCUUCGCCACCUAAAAAAAAGUUCAAAACUGAGUUGCCUGAAACCUGUAUGUCCCAGUUUGAGAACAACAAAGUACCAUUUGAAAUAAUUGAAGUUUUAGAAACUAUCAUAGAUGUAUUAGUGCAGGAAGUUCUAGUUCAGUCAUUAGAUGAAUGUAAUAUUCUAAUUUCAAAAGCUCCUGUUGAAGUGGUUGUUGAAAAGAUACUCGAGCCAUUCAAAACACUGCCGCCAUCACCUGAAAAAAAAGUUGAAGACGGUAAGGAAAAACAAGAGCAGCGCGAAAAAAUAAAGCCCGAAAGAUGUGUAGUAAGUUCGGUUGUUAUGCAGCCCUCAUUUUCGGAGAAACACAGUGUACAUCAGCAGGUCGUUGUUACGACAGCUAAACCAAAACAAAAGGUUAAUAAAAAGUUCAAAGAAAAAAAUGCAUUGUUUAAAUAUGGAAAUUAUACGAGAUAUUACGGUUAUCGUAAUCCAGAUGAUGAAGACAAUAGACUCAAAGUCUUAGCUGAACGUAUGGAUUUAUUUUAUGGUAAGGACGUGUUGGACAUUGGCUGUAAUAUUGGUCAUGUUACUUUCAGUGUUGCCAGAGAUUUUGGUGCAAAGUCAGUAGUAGGAAUGGAUAUUGACCGUAAACUGAUAAAUAUUGCACGAAAAAAUGUACAGUAUUACAUUAACGAUACAGCGCAGUCUUCCUCACACCUGUCCUCAAAUUACCAUUUUAAAGAUUUUUCUUCAAGAGAUCGUAAUGAUCCAGAAUGUGAUAUAAUCGAAUCAUUUCCUAUAUCAUUACCUAUGCUGUAUGGUCCUAUUAAUUUAGCAGGUUUGACACUAUCUGGACGAUUUCCCUACAAUGUCUCUUUUGUGCAGGGAAAUUAUGUACUAGAAUCUGAUCUUUUACUUUCAUUGGAAACGUGUAAGUUUGACGUUAUCCUCUGUUUAAGCAUUACCAAAUGGCUUCACUUGAACUGGGGCGAUGAUGGUUUGAAACGAGCAUUUAAACGUAUGUUUGCACAGUUGCGACCUGGUGGAAUACUCGUGGUGGAACCUCAACCGUGGAAAUCUUAUGGUCGAAGAAAAACAUUGACUGAAACCAUUUGGAGAAAUUACAAAAACAUUCUGCUGAAACCUCCUAUGUUCACAGACUAUCUGUUAAACGAAGUGGGUUUUGCCAACUGUGAAACACUUACUAUGCCUCAUAAUCCAUCUAAAGGAUUUCAGCGUCCGCUCAAGUUGUAUAGAAAGUCUAACAUAUUAGUAACUAGAAACAAACCAAAGUGUACGAUAGUUCAUCCAAAUGAAACCCAAAAAUCAUAAACAUGGUAUUGAUAAAAUACUAAAUACUAACUGAAUUUGUUUAAGGCAAUUAAAGUCUUAAAUGUUAUUGUUCUUAGCACUGUAAUUUAGUAACUGGACCACAUGUAUUGACUUAUUACCAAAUUGUUAUUUAAUAUUUUGUUUCUCGUAAUAUAAAUUCUAUUCAUUGUACAAUUUGUGAGAUGAAUAAAUAUUUUUUUAUUGUUGAAAAUGUAUUGCUUAUGCUUUAUUUUAUUUAUUUCUUUUUCUUUUUUGUAUAAAAGUAUUUGGUUAUGCUUCACUUACUCAUAAAAAUGACAGAAAUAACACACUGCUAAUUGCUUCUACUCAUAUGUGUUUAUUGGGAUGAUCUUCAUUCUUAAAUAUAUUAAUCCGACUUGAUGUAAGAACCAACUCUUUGAAUUCAUAUCAUGACAUAAUAAUAAAUGUUGAACAACCAUCA